AUGGACCAAAAUAGAUCCCGAUGUAAAGUUAAGGAACGACAAAAGCAAAAUCUCAAAGAGUGUCAUCUUUUUGGGAAUAACAAGUUUCUCAUCUCCUAUACUCUCUCUUCUAAAAGAUCAUUUCUUUCAACUGAUGCAAUGUCCCAUCCAGACCCAAAAGAUGCAUCAGCACCAUACCAAACCAUAGAGUCAAAAAAGGUAAGAGAAAGUAUGAAGUCAGAGAAUAUAGGGAUGAGUAACAUCAAGAUAGGGUCAAGUCCACCAAGCUGUGAGCAUAAAUGUUAUGGUUGCAAUCCAUGUGAAGCAAUUCAAGUUCCAAGUAAAAGCAGUAGGAGAAGUCAUUUGGGACUUGAGUAUGCAAAUUAUGAACCUGAGAGCUGGAAAUGCAAAUGUGGCCCUUCCUUCUACAGUCCAUGA